ACAAGCCAGAGCUAGCGUUGUCGAGAGAGCGAGCACCAGAGGAAAGCAAGCUAAGCCACGCCCACAUGAUCAUCAGCUCACCUCGCCUUCUUCCCCUCCACCCCCACAUUCCCACAAGUCAAGAACAAGAAGCAUACUACAGCUCUAACUACUCUGACAGCUAGCUAGCCAAUCAGCUGCCUGCAGGUGAUAAGAUCAAACAGAAAAAAGGAGAGGAUGUCGGACUGGGGCCCCGUGGUGAUCGCGGUGGUGCUGUUCGUGCUCCUCUCGCCGGGGCUGCUCUUCCAGCUCCCCGGCCACUGCAGCUUCGUCGAGUUCGGCAACCUGCACACCAGCGCCGCCUCCAUCGUCGUCCACUCCAUCAUCUUCUUCGCGCUCAUCACCGUCUUCGUCAUCGUCGUCGGGGUGCACAUCACCACCGGCGACCAGCCUGCCUACUAGCUACCUGCUCGUCGAUUGGCUCCUCCGAUCCUUAUUUCCUGGAGAUAGUCACUAAUAUUGCUCCUCCAAUGUAGCCACGCAAUCUUACGAUUCUGCUUUUGUUUCUCAAUUAUUGUUCCUCCUUUCUUUCUUUGCAUGCAUGGCUCUGUACUGUCCUUCAGAAAUAUAUAUAUAUACAUAAACUGCUUCUUUUCUUA